GUCUUGGUAGCGCGCAGUUGGUGCGCGCUUUUGCAAAUUCCGGUGAAUGGUGGAUUUGGCAAACAUGGAGACCGUGGAGAAGGAAUGCGGGGCCCUCGGGGGUCUAUUCCAGGCGAUUGUCAACGACAUGAAGUGCUCCUAUCCGGUGUGGGAGGACUUCAGCGCCAAGGCCACUAAGCUGCAUUCCCAGCUCCGAACCACUGUUCUGGCUGCCGUGGCCUUCCUGGACGCCUUUCAGAAGGUGGCAGACAUGGCUACCAACACCAGAGGGGCAACCAGAGACAUCGGUUCAGCUCUGACCAGGAUGUGCAUGAGGCACCGCAGCAUUGAGGCCAAACUUCGCCAGUUCACCAAUGCUUUGAUGGAGAGUCUGAUCACUCCUCUCCAGGACAAGAUUGAGGACUGGAAGAAGACAGCCAACCAGCUGGAUAAGGACCAUGCCAAAGAGUACAAGAGGUCACGGCACGAGAUCAAGAAGAAGUCAUCUGACACCAUGAAACUUCAGAAGAAGGCUCGUAAAGGGCGAGGGGACCUGCAGCCUCAGCUGGACAGUGCCAUGCAGGAUGUGACCGACAUGUGCCUGCUGAUGGAGGAGACGGAGAAACAGGCAGUGCGCCGGGCCCUCGUGGAGGAGAGGGGUCGCUUCUGCACCUUCAUCGGCUUCCUUCAGCCCGUUGUGAAUGGAGAAAUCGCCAUGCUGGGAGAGAUCACCCACCUCCAGGCCAUCAUCGAUGACCUCACUGUGCUGACAACCGAUCCUCACAAACUGCCCCCAGCUAGUGAACAGGUGAUUAAGGAUCUGAAGGGGUCAGAUUACAGCUGGUCCUAUCAGACCCCUCCUUCAUCUCCAAGCAGCUCUGGCUCCCGCAAGAGCAGCAUGUGCAGCAGCGUCAACAGUGCCCACAGUAGUGCCUCCCGUUCGUCAGGGGGAGGCGGUAGUGGUGGUAUUGGUGGAAGUGGUGGGGGCUCCCAGCCCCACUCACCCACCUCAUCAUCCUCCUCCUCCUAUCGCUACCGCAGCAGCCUGCCGCACCAGCCUCCUCCACCGGGGGGCAUCGCCGCCCACCGCCUCAGCAGCGUCUCCUCCCACGAUUCGGGCUUUGUGUCCCAGGAUGCAAACAUCUAUUCCAAGCCCCCCUCGCCCAUGCCCUCAGACAUCACUAGCCAGAAGUCAUCCAGCUCAGCGUCGUCAGAGGCCUCAGAAACAUGCCAGUCAGUCAGUGAAUGCAGCUCCCCAACCACUGAUUGGUCCAAAGCAGGUCAGUAUGAGCAGCCGGUCGCUGCAGCGGCAGUUCAGAGGAGGAAGGAACCUCUCGAUAGACUGAGGGAGAACGAGGCGUCGCCAGGCUCCCAGGGAUACGCUGGGCCAUCACACCCUGAUGAUGCGCAGAGAUCCAGGAUGACUCCCGCAACUAUCGCUGCCAAGCAUGGAGAAGAGGUUUCUCCUGCAGCCAGUGACCUGGCCAUGGUGCUGACCAGAGGACUGAGUAUGGAGCAGCAGAAGAGCAGCAGAGACUCCCUGCAGUACUCCAGUGGCUACAGCACAGAGACCACAACCCCGUCCUGCUCUGAGGACACGAUUCCUUCACAAGGUUCAGACUAUGACUGCUACUCAGUGAACGGUGAUGCUGAAGGUCCAGAUGGACAGACAGAGUUCGACAAGUCCUCCACCAUUCCUCGCCACUCUAACAUCGCCCAGAACUACCGACGCAUGAUCCAGACCAAGAGGCCAGCCAGCACAGCCGGACUGCCCAGUGGGGUUCUUGGUCCCGGGGCUCAUGGGGUACCAGGACAACCUGGUGGAGCUGGUGGAGGUGGAGCAGGUACUCCAGGCACUGCCACCAUCCGUCGAACCCCAUCUACCAAACCGGGUGUGAGGCGCACGCUGUCCAACGCGGGGCCCAUCCCUAUCCGACCACCCAUUGUGCCUGUCAAGACACCCACUGUUCCUGGAGACUCACAUUCUCCUGGCGCUGGUGGUGGUGGGUAUGCAGGUGGAGGGCACGUGGGUGGUGGGCCUGUGCGUGUGGGCAGCGAUGAGUGUGUGUUCUUCACUGGGGUCGAGGAUGCACAGGGGGCGCUUGAUUACGUGAAGGCGUCACCUAAGCGCCUCAGCCUUCCUAACACUGCCUGGGGAUCAGGGGCGGCACUAGAGGUCUACGCCCAGCAGCACGGGGGCCUUGCAAUGGGAACGGGCUCAGGGGCUGGGUCAGAGGAGGAUCAGAUGAUCGCGGCCAAUCGGCACAGCCUAGUGGAGAAGAUCGGCGAGUUGGUAGCCAGCGCGCACGCCCUUGGAGAAGGGCAGUUUCCUUUCCCCGCCCUCCCCGAUGACCCGACCUUGCCGCCAACUGGCCCCGGCGACACUCAGACAGGGACAGAGGGGGCAGAAGGGUCCGGUGACAUGUUGACCACCAUCAGGAGAGGAGUCCGCCUUCGCAAGACCGUCUCCAAUGACCGCUCGGCACCACGCAUCUUGUGAUUGCAGGAGAAGCAGGAAGAGGAUGAUAUUUGUCAGCCAGUAGGGAAUCAGGUGUUGGUGUGGUGCAACCCAACCGCCUAGUACAUACACAAAAACUUAACCAUGUAGGGAAAGCUAUAAUAUAACAGAAGAUGAAUAAAAACAAAAGCAUACACAAAAAACAAGUUUAAAGACGUCAUUAGAGUAAAUGAUAUAUAAUAUAAUGAUAAUAAUAACAUUAAUAAUGUUAACCCAUGCUGACAAUUAAAAGUUAAAUAUUGACAGGCUCCUAGCUGGCCACUAUAACUAGUGUGUGUUGGACGCAUGUUUGUCUUCUCUACACCUUCACCCAGGGAUGGAAAGACUCACAUUAAAAAGAGAUACGAUUAAAAAAAAGGCAAAGAAAGAAAGACUGGGUUCUGUUUGCCAACUUACACCCUUCCCCAUCCUCUUCUCCAACUAACCGACUGUCUAAUCCCAGAUGAAAGACUGAGGACUGAAGGAGGGGCCAGUGGGGGCAAGAGAGAGGGGGGUCAGCGUGCCAUGUGAACAGCCGGAUUUGAACCCAGGCUGUCUCAGCAGCAACAUACUGUACUUAUUAGCCCACUGAACUGAAGCUUCGGUAUUAGCACGGGGAGCUAACAAGCCAGAGGCCUCCUCUGGUUCAUCCUCAUGUAAAAGCGUCUUUAAAAAAAAAUACUGUUGGCAUUGAACCGUGCUAGUGCCCCCUUCCCCUCUCUCUCUGUGCGUGUAGUGUGUGCGUGCAUUCAUGUGUGUGCAUGUGGGCAAAUGUGAAACGCGAGCGUGUGUGCACAUGCGGUUGAUUGUGUGUGUGUGUGUGUGUGUGAGGGGGGUGGGUAGAGCUCUGCUGCAGGACAGCUGGUUACCCAAUGAGGGCAGGGCUUUUCUCCUGUGUGUUGUGCGUGUAUUUUCUUGUUUUUAUCGUGACGUCAUUUACCUUGUUACCACUGUACAAGAAGUUACGAGAAGUAAUCCAGGCGUAUAGAUAUAUUCAUAUAUAUUUUCUAGAACCAGAGAGAAAAUGAUAAAUCAGAAAUGGAGCAAUAAAUGUGUUUUAUUUUCUUGUUUCCAAGAAGAGGAUCGAUGGAGGAUUGUAGGUUCUCCUUUGUCACAUUCAGGCAAUCAUCAGGAAUGCUAAAUUACACAUUGACUGUGAAUUCAUUUUGGUGCGUCUCUCUCCCUGUCCCUGUCUCUUUCUGGUGGAGGAAAUGAACAAAAAAAACUAACAAAAAAACAAAACAACUGUAAGCACUUUGAGAGGCGGUAGAGUGUGUGCAGUAGCCACUAGGUGUUGCUGUAGUCAUACUGUAUGAUAGGGAGAGUGAAAGUGAGAGAGACAGUUGCCAAUGAGACUGCGUCCUGAGGAAAUUAUUUAAUUUGUAGAAGAAGAAGAAGACAGAAAGGGACAAAGAGGAAGUGAAGAAGACUGGUGGAAUUGGAGUGAUUGGUCAAAUGAGAGAUGGGAUAGGAAAGUAGAGCAACAUAUUGAUCUAAAAAUGGAUUGGACGUCAGUGCUCUUCGGGGUUCUGCAAGCCAUCGCCUGCUGUGGAUUGUGAACGCCACUGGAGCUUUUUAUGAUGUGGUUGCAAUGGAAUCCGAAGGACUGAACACAUACUGCAAAAAUACACCGCACAGAUAGGUCAGACUACUUUUGAUAUAGGCUGUAAAAGAUUGGUUCGCCUAAAUGACAAAGAAACAUAUUUCUCAUAAGCCAUUCAAGUAGAUAUCUCUCUCUGAGAUUACUGCCUCCACCUCAUAACAAUGGAGGUGAAUGUAAUUCUUUUUGAGGUGCUCACAGCAUUGAAAAAUGACAUUUAAAAAAGUCAACAGCUACACGUCUUACAGACCUACACUUAAUUACUUCUUUCUAUUCCAGCCAUAAGUGAUAACAGCAGCUGAAAAUACAUCAAAGGGUUAUCGAGAGUAGCAACGACACAGUUUCAGAGCACAUUAAUGUUCGAUGUAUUGAUAUGAGCAGGAAAAAUGGAAUUCUGUUCACCUCCAUCAUCUCGGGGUGAAUGCAGAAAUCUGAAAACCUGGGCAAACAAAACCAAAAGUACCCGCACACAUCGAUAUUACAGAGGUAGAGAGCAGGAAAUAUGUUUAUUUGUAAUUUCGGCUCAAUGACGCUCAAACUUACAUCAGAAGUGGACCUGAAAUGUGUUUGCACAUGUACAUGUAUGAUCAUCGGAUCUACAUUUGAGUGGUAUGAAUGUACUCCAGAGUUUUCAAUACUGAAUGCUGUGGGACUGUGUUUCCAUAUUAUGUCCAUAAUAGUAAAUAUUUCAAAGUAAACUUCACUCAUGUCCAAGUGCAAAUACAUAUCAGCACACCAGCUUAUCUGCAAAUAUUCUUACCUAUAAAUGCUGCAUAUUUUUGCAUUAUGAGAAAGCAAAGUUAGGCCUCGAACAUAGCUGAACAAGUUUUUUGCUCCAGAUUCACUCUAGUUGAAACCUUCCUCCUUUACUAUCUAAACUAAAACUAACCCAGUAUGGUUCAGCUCAGUUCAGUGCGAAUAACCCAGUUCAGCUCAGGACACGGCUGUGUGAGAGGAUUAUUUAUGGACAUUAAGGUGUGCGAAAAGGUGAAGCCUGUUUGAUGAGCUCGCGGAUUGCAAAGAAGCAGGUAGGCGGCUGACAGAGAGGAAAACACGUGGAAUGAGCAUUUCACUGCCUGUUCAAACAAUAUUUACUCUGUGCUGUACUUGUAAAUGAGAAUGGGGCACACAGAUUUGGUAUAAAGGUUUGUUAGAAAAUAUCACAUGGAAUAUUCCGUUUUAUUUUUACUUUUCAUUCUGCAGUACUGUUUGAAUAUUUAGUCAUACUUUUAAUUAAUGUAAAAGAAGAAAAAACUCCAGUUGUAACACAAACGACUAAGCUGUGUAACAUAUGGGUGUAGGAUGUGUGGGCCGAGAGUGAGUGUGUCCUUGUCUGGCUGUUGAACUGUAGGCUAGUGAACUCUCCAUCAUCAUGUCUGUACGCUCUUCUAGCAGUGACCUGAACAUGGCCGGCGAGCUCGUACAUGCUCCUUUUAUCGACUUGUUUUCUUUCUGUUUUCCUCUUGAAUAGAGCGGUUUUAAACAUAUCUGUGGCUGUUUAAAACAAAAAUGAAGGUGAUUUCAUUUAAAGAGACAGAGAGGAGAGCGUUUGCCAUUUUUAAACAUCGCCACCUGCCGGCACACUUUUUGUUUUGUUGAACUUUGACACAGUGCUUCGGCAGGGGGAUGCUUUAUUUCAUUUUUUUGUCAGGGGGGAACUGCUGUAUGUGUGUUGUCACAUGUGGAUGCUGUGUGUUCUGUCAGCUGAAUCUGACUGGGUGAGAGGGUGGAAGGGGAGAGCAGCGGGCUUGGACUCCAUCCCCCCUGAAAAGCGGAUUUUGGGCGAGAAAGCGUUCAUCUGAAGAGUUUGUGCAAGGCCGCCCGUCGGGGUCACACUGUACAUGAAUAUACGUACGUCUGGUGAAUGUACUCCAAGAUGACGGGGGACACGGAACUGUACAUUUUUGACUUGCUUGAACGUUUGCAAUGUCGGAACCUUGUUCUCGCACAAAGGAAUGAAGUUUCCAGUUUAAGCGGGAAGAAAGCAAUACAGUGAUAGUGUGCAUGUGCGUACAUUCACAAUGAUGUUCCAGUGUGGGCAUGUUAAAGGAAAAUACCACUGUCGAUCACUCUGCUUGUGUUCCCCAUAUAAAAGCUAUUCCACAACGCAUCGCUCUGAUGGUAUGAUUUGGAGUUUCUAUACGUCCAAGGACACUGCUAGAGCCAACUGCGCUUGUCUGAAUGAGUAUGAACUGUGUGUCCAUUAAUUCUAGUUCAAACUGAACAACUGAUUCACUGCCAGUUAUCUACAGCAAGUUACUGCUUGAUUGAAAGGUUUAUAAUGCCCUGCAGUAUAGACACACCGCUUAAUCCCAAAUGAUGAUGGAUGAGUGCGAGGUGAGCGGCAGAUACAACACUGCUAUUUUCCUUUAAAAUGCCCAGUCAACGGCACAAAAAGUGAUCUAACUAAACAAUAAUAGUCUUUUUUUUUAACAUGCUGAAUUAACUGUGUACUGAACUAACUGUCUGAACAAGCUGAAAUGACGACUCCGCUGCAGAUGUGUCAAUGUGCCCAUGAGUGUAUGUGUAUGUGGGUAGAAGUAGGCCUUCUGGCACACGGGCAAAGCAGGCGCUACGAUGAAAGCAGGACGUUCUGCAGGAACAUACAUAGACACAGAGCCAGAUUUACAUGCGUGCGGGCAUGCGUGCGGGCAUGCGUGCGUACACACAGACACACACAUAUGCACAUCGUUGGAGACACUCAAGUAAGAAUUCCCUUUUCGUCAAGAGGACGAGCUAGCACUGUAAAAAGUAACAUUUUAUUUAACAUUGGUUUCAUAAUCUGGUUGAGCUAAACGGUUGAAAAUAUCUCAUCUAAACUUUCAGUGGCAUUUCUGCAUUAGAAUUUAAUUGGAUGUUAGUUGUCUUGUUGUCAAGCAAGGCCAGCGUGUGAGCUGCACAUCUAGAUCAAUACGAACAUGGUACAUUUCUUUCAUGUUACAGGUAGUUACAGUAUGGAUACUUGAUUAAAAGCUGAAAUAAUGACUUAUUUCAGAAAAUAUUGUGAUUCUGUACACACAGCUAGCAUGCCAGACUAUGGUGCUGUUGAGUAUUAGAUACAGUAUGAACCUAUGACUAAUAUGAGCUUACACAGACUGUCAAGUGUUAAAGGAAUUGUUUGACAUUUUGUACAAUAUACUUAUUGGCGUUCUUGCAGAUUUAGAUCGAUACCACUCUCACGCAUUUACGGUUAGCUUCAUUUAACACUGCAUAAAAAUUGUAAGUACAGGCAUAUACAAGCAUGUUUCAGCCAGCUGCAGCUAGCCUGGCUUUGCCCAGAGUUAAAUUGUCCACCUACCAACAUAAAGUUCUCAGAUUAACAUGCUGUGGUAUAUCUAGUUUGUUUAAAGUGUGAAAAUGACAAGUUGUCCUUUCACGGAGAGCAGUGUGAUGGAUUAUUUCUUGGCCAGGCGCAGUGACUUCCUGAUGUCCCUGCCGGUUGUCUGGCUCCCGGUGACGAGACAAAACAAAAAAACCCAGGAUGAAAAGCCAAUUCUGUCGAGCUAUUCCUUUAACGUGUAAUGAAAACUUAAUGAUUAGCUCGGUGCCUCGUUUUUUGAGAUGUGGGACCACAGCAGGAUUGAGAUGUAAACACUCAACAGCACCAUUGUCUGAAAAGCUUCAAGGUGUAUGAAAACUGCCAAUUAAUCAACUACGGAAUUUGUGUUUCAACACUCACGUCUUUGACCAACUAGUAUGGAGGAAGCAAAGAAAGCUGAAUCGACAUAUUUCUCUGACUCCAGACUUACAUACACCUGUGUAUUGCUCUCUCCUCUUUCCUCUCUGUCAUCUUCUUCCUCCACUCAUCCUCCAUCCACUGAUCAGCGCAGUAUACCCAGGGAUGCCGUCUAGCUGACAAGUUAGAAAUCAACACCUGCCAUGAUGAGAGUCCCGUCGGCUGCACGCAGUCUCUUUGUGCCUCGCAGCCCAUCAAAGCUAAUGAAAACCAAUUCUGAUGAAGUCUUUAUUUUCACCACAGUCCACAGUGAAUAUGAGCUCAUCUCUGUUUCACUCUCUGUCCAUCUCCCCCUCCACCCUCUUCCCUCCCCCCUCUCCAUGAGUGUGUCUGCAUACUGCGUGUCAGUAUGCACGUGUGCUGUGUUUCAGAUGUGGGUGUGUGUGGUAAUGGCUAACGGGUGGUAUCAUUACGGCUCCUGGGUGUGUUGUUCAAAGACGGGCUGGAGGCAUUAGCAGGGGUAAACUUCUCCCCGCUGUACACAGUAACAUGAGGUGGUUUGAAGGCAGGCAGCUGGAGGUCUGAUGCUCCAUCUCAGUGUAGAUUAUAUUUUAAUUAAUUUUGAUCAGGCUUUUUAAGACAUCUUUUUGGCAUCAUCUCACAGGCAGCUUAUAUUGCUUUGAUUCUGUCAAAGAAACCUACAAGAUUGAAGAGCUAGCAGCAACUUGACAUGCAGUGGGCAUGGGAAACCUGCUGGUGUGUAAAGCACAGGGGUGGUAAGACCACCAAAACAUUGCAUCUCAAUCAAUAGAGAGUAUUGGUACUCCCAUUAAAUUGAGCUAAACUGGCUAAAGUGAAAAUCCACCCAAAGGGAGACGAAGCAGCUGUUGUUGAACAGCUGCCACUGUGGCCACAAGUGACAAUUACAGCCUCAUGGUAAAAGAUUUAAUGUUGACAUUGGCACAAUUGAAAAGUCAAGAAAAUGACUACAAGGCUGUUGCCUGAAUCCCUGAGCAAGAGUUCAAUAAACCAAUGUUCAGUGUUUUAUCAGCCAUGAAUUUAACUUUCCAUUUGUAAUAGAAAAAAAAAGUUCUUCAAAACUUACAUAGCCUCAAGUAGACGUUAAAAACAAUAAUAGAUAUAAUAUCGUCAGAGUCUGGAAAUGUCAAAUUAUACAUUUCCAACUCACUUUUCACAAUUGCAGAAAGGGCCUUAAGGCUCCAAAGAACUUCUGCUUUUGAUUCCACUGCUCUCUGCUGGCUUUGGGUCUCAGUCUCAGUACUACAUGCUGGCAGUGCUCAGGUGUUGAUAAUAAUCCAUAACUUGCGUAUGUGCCAUAACAUUCCUUGCAAGCCAAUAAAGACUCACAUUACUGCGUCAAGAAAUCAGCUAUACUCUCCAACCACUGUUUGAAAUUUGCCUUCUGUAGACUUCUACAGUAACGGCACGGACAUGAAGGAAGGUUUGAGCCGCCGCAGUCGACAUUUUUGUCAUUUUGCUGCAGCAAAAUGUGACGUAAUGGAAUUGAAUGUAAGGUAAAACAGAAGCUCAGGCUGCCCCUUGCUGGUUGAUGACCAUAAAACUUGUCCAACUUCUAACUUCCCUCAGCCAGCAAACUUGUUGACCGUCCGCACCUCAGCUGAGUUUCCGUGGUUACUCAGAUUUCUAAGAAAUUGGCAGACUUCCACUGUGAGCAUUUGCUCGCAGCAUGAACACAGCAUUAGAGAUCUAUGUGGAAAUUGCGUGCACGACAGCCUUAUUUGUAUUUGGAAUGCAUCCUCUAGUUCAUUUGAAAUGUCGCUGUAUGUCCUAACUUAGAUUUAUAAAAUUGAAUUAAAUGACACAACUUUAAAAUUAAAUUUCAAGAAAUUGAAAAGGACGUGCUGAAGUUCUCCGUCUGCUUGAUUCAGAUAAGAAGGACGCUGUGCUGGCUAUUGAAGGACAGACUGUGUUUUUCUGAUUUCUGAUCAGACCAAAAGAAGCAUUGUGAAUUCGCUAUAUGUACAACCCACUCCUUUAGCCAUCUGCCCGGGUUAUAUCGAAUAUGUACUUUAUGUAUGUGUGCACGUGUGUGUUGAACAAGGACAUGUGGUUAAGACCCCUACUGUUCCUGCCUCCUACCUCCCACUCACAGUCUGUCAAUCCUUCCUGCUGUCUAAUGCUGGAGAAACCCACAACACAUUCACACACACUUACACACUCGUCUGAAGCAAACAUGACUAAGGUAGAUCCUCCGAAGCUACACCAUGGUCCACUGAAGUCCUCCAGAGGAUCAUGAUGAAACACGUCGCAACUUCCUGUCAUACAGCCAUGCAGAACAGAGUGGCCGAAGUGGCCUCCUGGUGCCACUGUAACUAAACUGAAUGUCUUACUGUCAGUCCUCCCGUUCUCGGUAGUGUCUCUGGCUCGCUCGCUCUCUUUCUCUUCUUCGUCCUCUACAGAUGAACUCUGCAAUGAAAUCUCUCCACAGCUCACCAUCGAGGCGUUGCUAUCACAUCUAUGGGGAAAUCUUGUGACAGAUCAUUGUGACUGUCAACAUCUGCUUCAUCUUUCUGUACAAACCGAUCUUUUACCCCCCUCUUCCCUCCCGAGUAGCCCUGCAGGCAUUGUGGUCUUGUCUUCUUUCUGUCCCCUCUUCUGCUCUCCUUCUUUAAUUUAUUGUGAACUGAUUUCUAAGGUUGUUUCGCCUCUGUCGCUGAAGAUAAGGUUUUCUUUUCUGUCUUCCUUUUUGUAAAAUUGACCCUUUUUUUUGUUCAUUUUAGUCACUGCUAAUGUAACAAAACGCACUGUGAU